GUUUUCUUCCCACUCAAGGCACCAAGGCUCUCGAUCAUACACCAGGUCAGACUCAUACGCUUCCCAAAGCCGAAGAGUUGACUGAAGUACAAGAGACUUCAAGAACCCAAUCUUUGUACCCCAAGAGAAGUCGACUUGUCGCACAUCUCGUCAAUACGCGCUUCUGAGAGCUUGAGAUUUGCGACUUAACCAGCCAAAUCUUCAUACACCUCAAAGAAGUCAUCAUGGCGAACAAACAGGGCAAGAUGGCCGGUCUCAUCAACUACCGGAUGAGAGUGACCAUGAAUGAUGGACGUCAAAUGGUUGGGCAAAUGCUUGCUUUUGACAAGCACAUGAACCUCGUCCUCGCAGAUACCGAAGAGUUCAGACGCGUCAAGCGCAAGGCCAACAAGACAGCUUCUGCUCCAGGCGCAGCUAGCAGCUCAGCACCGCUCGUCGAGUCCGAAGAGAAGCGCACACUUGGUCUUACCAUCGUUAGAGGUGCUCAUAUCAUUUCCCUCUCUGUCGAGUCUCCACCGCCAGCAGAUCCAUCCGCACGAUUGGGAGCGAGCGCGCCAGGAGGAGUGGCUACGACUCUUGCUGCUGGUGCAGGUAUUGCUCGACCAGCUGGACGGGGCAUACCUGUUGGUUUGGCUGUAAGUUUGACUGCAGUGGACAUUUGAACAAGUACUAAUAGCACAUAGGGACCUGCUGCUGGAGUCGGCGCACCGCCUGCGUUUGGAGGUUUCCCUGGCGCACCACCAUUCGGUAGAGGAGGUAAGAAAUAUAUCCCAAUCUGUACUUGCAGUAGAAUGCUAAUAACUUUGCAGCA